AUGGCUGCAGCAGUCAAAUGUAUACAAAUUAACCUGCAACAUGCCAAGGCCGCCUCUAACGUCCUUGGCAGAAGGUUCAAGAAGGAGGACGUGCAUCUCGCCUUCAUUCAAGAACCCUGGGUUAACUCAGGCCGCGUAUGUGGCCUUGGGGACGCAGAGGGUAGGCUAAUUACCGCCCCUGGAGUAACCAGACCUAGGGCAUGCAUUUUAGUAAAAAAGAGCGUGCACUCUUUUAACCUUUAUAGGUUCUGCUGUCAGGAUGUGGUGGCGGUACAUAUCAAGAUCCCAGCGGGGAGGAGCGGAGGAGGAGUGGAGUUCAUUGCCUGCUCAGCAUAUUUCCCGGGAAACAAGACAGCGGAUUUACCUCCUCCAAAGAAAGUGACAGAACUAAUCUCCUUCUGCAAGAGGAAAAACCUACAGCUGGUGAUAGGAUGCGACGCCAACGGCCACAACGAGGCAUGGGGAAGCACGGACACCAACUUCAGAGGUGAGUUAAUUCUUAAUUACUUAAUAGGUGAAGGGUUAGUAGUUAAUAACAUAGGCUCCGAACCAACCUUUCUUACUUGUAACAGGAAAGAGGUUUUAGACAUUACCGUCAGCUCUAAUUACUUGAGCAAUAGGAUAUCCAAUUGGAGGGUAUCAUCUGAGCCAUCGUGCUCGGAUCAUAGACACAUACAGUUUGAAAUAAGCGUAGGUGAAAGAACUCUCCUGCAAUAUAGGGAUCCUAAGUACACAGAUUGGGAAGGAUACAACCGCUCACUCGUGCAUCUGCUGGAACCCACAAUUGCAAAAGUGAGAGAUCGCGACGAGAUCGAGAUUGCAGCGGAGCAACUGCGAUGUGCAAUUAUAACGGCUUAUAGUGAAAACUGUCCACUUAAAACAAAGAAGAUAAUAGAAAGUCCUCUUGGUGGAACAACAAACUGGACAAAAGAAGAAAAGAAGUGCGGCAGCUUUUUAACCGCGCUAAAGUGUCAGGUAACUGGGAAACUUAUCGUGCGACGUUGGCGGAGUACAAUAAGGAAAUAA